AUGCUAAGGCUGUUUAUACGCAGAAUGUCCACAGCUACAACUCCUCAAAUAUUACAUUCGGAAACUCCAGGACCAAUUGAAUCAUCGAUAAUAUCCAAAAUCACAAACGAAUUCAAACCGUCAUAUUUCAAAAUUGAUAAUGAUUCAUAUAAACAUGCACAUCAUGCUGGCAUUAGAGGAGCUAAAAAUACCACAGAAUCACAUUUUAGAUUAGAAAUUGUUAGUGAUGUAUUUAAAGGGAAAUCAUUACCUGCUAGACAUAGAUUAGUGUAUUCAUUAAUAUCUGAUGAGUUAAAAAACCAUGGUGUUCAUGCCGUACAAAUGAAAACGAAAACUCCAGAAGAAAUAAAUAAAUAA